GGAGAGAAAGAUGUGCAGAGUUGCAGUGACACGCACGAUGGCAGCAAAAUGAAUAGGAAAAAUGGAAGAGCCAAAAGGGAGGUCCACGUGCCUCUCUCUGUCUUUCACAGUUUCUCACCUGUAAACGUGAAGUCUUAGCUCAUAAACUAUACAGGUAGUAAUAGUAAUAGAAAUCCUACCCCCUGGUUUGUGCAGCAGCAAAGGCUUUGAGUCUUUGACAACGUAACCCAUAUAGCUCAGUUGUUGGGUUUGGCAGAUCUAAUACUUUUCUCUUACGUCUCUCUAUUUAAAGCUACCCCUCAUUCCUCUGUUUUAUGCUUUCUUCUCACGCUCCUAAUUUACUUCGCGCCUCGUUACAUCAUUUUCUCUGGCAACUACUGCUUCUUCUUCUUCUUCUGCACUCCCCCAUUACAUCAUUUUCUUUACAACUCCUACUUCUUCUCCGUCUCCACUUUUACACGAAGAUAUACACAACACAAAACCGUGCUUAUUUGCAAGUUCCCAAUACUUGUAGCAUGAUUCUACUUUGGUUUCUAUUUCAGUGAUUGAUUUCUGUCUCACACCUCUGGAAUCUUAUCGUACGUUCUACAUAGGUGAGUGUGAAGAGCGUCAGAGUCCUCUCUGUCCUUCAUUCUUUUAUUAUUGGUUGACAAGUCAGUUUCGAUUAAUCAGUUUCUCUCAAUUAUAAAGUUUCCAUCACAUCGUCUCUGUCUCACUAGUAACCAAAUCCCCCCAACCAAUUUCUUCUAUUCAUCUUUAAUUUCAGGCAGGAAAAGUGAAAUAACUCACACCAUUACUACGUAUAUAUUCUGUGCAUUUUGAUACUACUACUACUACUACUCCUGUUAGUUGUAUUUAUCAAUCAUGGGAAAUUGCCAAGCGGCAGAGGCGGCAACAGUGGUGAUUCAACAUCCAGGUAACAAAAUAGAGAGAAUCUACUGGUCUAUAAGUGCACAUGAAGUCAUGAGCUCAAAUCCUGGCCAUUACGUCGCCCUUGUUAUCUCUUCUCCAACUGAUCAGAGAACAGACAAUGGUUCCCCCGUGAGACAGCUCAAGCUUCUCCGACCCGGCGAUACUUUACUUCUUGGACAAGUUUAUCGACUCAUCAGCUUCGAAGAUGUACUGAAAGAGUUUGCAGCAAAGAAGUGCAUGAAACUUGGCAAGUUACUAAGGGAAAGUGGAGGCCUCGUUCUUGAUUCCAAGAAAAUUUCGACCGAUCCACCAGCAGUGAACGUCAAGCCUAGAUUGGUGAAUGGAAUCCCAUCUAAGAUGGAGCAUGAGACUUAUCAACAAGGAAGUAGCAGCAGCAGCAGUGGGCCGAGCCAGAGGAGUGUGGUGGGAAGACAUAAUGGUGGGGGGCAAUGGAAACCAGCCUUACAGAGUAUUGCAGAGAUUGGAACUUGAACUCACUCACCCCAAGCAGAAGUGCCACUCCUAUUUCAAUUACAUAUUUUCCUAGCUAGGCUAAGCCUUUCCAAAAUAAGAAAUUGGCUUUUCUCAAAUGUUCCUACUUUAGUUUAGAAAAUUAAACCCACUUAAUUAGUACAAUGGGAGUUGAUGUUUGACGGACUCGCUCUAAAGACUUGUAGUUUAGCUUAUUUUCAAGUUUGACUUAAUUACUGUCAUUUGUUUCUAUUCGGAAAAUCCUUGCAAAUUACUACAAAGCGAUCAACUAGAUAGGGACUUCCAUAGUAAGUAUUAUGAAUGUGUCCUGGUUAUGAUUCAAGUUCUUCUAGAUAAAUUGUUCAAUAUUUAGACGCUAUACCAAAACUAUUGUUAAUAUUAAAGCGUGUGUAUUUAUUUUGGUGUAUAUAUGGAUAUUAAAUAUAUUGUAUGUUUAGGACUAGGAGAAUGAUAGGUUACAAGUACUUUGGUCA